UUCAUCCGUCACGAUGAAAUGUGAACUUUGACUUUGGAAGAAGAAUGCGUCCCCUUUGAUUGAAUUCGGCGAUCCCUUUGACUGUUGAAUUUCAACCUUCUCCUCCUCCUCCUCCUCCAUCUUUGAUUUGUCCAACUUUCAAACCCAUGGACCCUCCCCCUCCCCUUCCCCUUAUCCUCCUCCAUCAUUCUUGCCCCGUAACGAUAGCAUCGGAACCAGACCCGUCCUUGCAAUGAUUGCGAUGGAAGAACGGCCCGCGGCCUCUGUUCCGGCGGAGAAGCCCAUCGAGGUGAGGGCUCUGGGGGCUCUCGGACGAGGCUUCGACCUCACGUGCGAUUUCCGGCUCAAGUUCGCAAAAGGGUUCGGAGCCGCGGCAGGGGAGAGGCUGGUGGUCGUGGAUGAGAGCAGUAAGAAAGACAUUGUGAUCCCUGGGAGCGGUGGGAGAACCAUAAGGGAUGUCCCCGAGGAUAUUCAGUGCGAUAAGGGCGACAGGAUCAGGUUCAAGUCCGAUGUUCUCGAAUUCAAUCAGAUGUCGGAGUUACUGAACCAAAAAGCUUCCGUGCAAGGAAAAGUUCCUUCAGGAUUCCUUAACACCAUAUUUGAAUUGAGUGGAGAUUGGUUGCAUGAUGCCGCGGACACCAAAUAUCUCGCUUUUGAUGGCUACUUUAUUUCGCUCUAUUAUUUACACCUAACUUCAUCGCCUUUGGUACUGCAAGAGAGAGUAAAGAAUUCAGUUCCACCCACUUGGGACCCGGCCUCUUUAGCCAGAUUCAUACACACAUAUGGAACGCACAUAAUCGUUGGUAUGGCUAUUGGGGGUCAAGACUUAAUUUGCAUAAGGCAGAGACCUUCUUCGCAAAUUCACCCUACCGAUCUCAGGAGACACUUGCAGGAUAUUGGUGACUAUUUGUUCUCGGACGGAAAAAGCCAUUCUUUGUUGCCUGGGAAAGCUAGCAAGCACAAGGUGCCUGAGGUUUUUGAACGUAUUCUGCAGUCAAACACCUUGCAGUUGAGCAGCACAACUGAAACAUCGAGCAAAGAUGGGCUCACGAUAAUUUGUUCGAAGAGAGGAGGUGAUGUAUUCCAGCACAGCCACUCGAAAUGGCUACAAACAGUACCCACCAAACCCGAAGCAAUUCUAUUCAAGUUUGUCCCUAUUACUUCUCUUCUCUCUGGGGUCUCUGGCAGUGGUUAUUUGAGUCACGCGAUCAAUCUCUAUCUACGCUAUAAACCUGAUCCGGUGGAUUUAGAGUACUUUUUGGAGUUUCAAGUCCCAAGGCAGUGGUCUCCAACGUUCUGCGAGUUGCCCCUCAGGCAUCAAAGGAAGAAAACCUCUUGCCCUGCCCUUCAGUUCAGCUUCAUGGGUCCUAAGCUUCACGUCAGUUCUACCCAGGUUUCGAGCAGUCAGAAACCUGUGGUGGGCUUACGCCUAUACUUGGAAGGAAAGAAAUGCAACCGUUUGGCAUUGCAUUUGCAGCAUCUCUCGAGUCCACCUCAUGUUAUGACCUCAUCACCUCCAACAAACCUCGAGAUGGAGAGACAAAGUUGGUGGCGAGGCUCCGAUGAGGUUGAGUUCAGCAACCAGUUCCUUGAGCCGAUCAAGUGGAAGAGGUACUCAAAAGUAUGCACUUCCCCUGUGAAGUACGAUCCAAACUGGCUUGUGGGGGAGCCCGCUGGUGUCUUCAUUGUGACUGGCGCUCAGUUGAUCAGCAAGGGGAACUGGCCCAAGACCGCGCUUCACCUCCGCCUGCUUUUCUCGUAUGCACCCAAUUGCACGAUCCGGAAGACCCAGUGGGCUGCUGCACCAGAAGCCUCCCACAAGAUGGGCUUCCUCUCAAAUAUAAGCACAACGUUCACAUUCAAGUCCCGGACUUCUACAGGCCUGGAGAAGCAGACCCAGGCUACGAUUCUGAACUCAGGCGUGUAUCCGGACGGCCCACCCUCAUCUGCCCGAAGGGGGAAGCUCCUCAAGUUUGUGGACACAGCUGAGGUGGCACGGGGCCCUCAUGAUGCACCAGGGCACUGGUUGAUUAUAGCUGCUAGGCUAGCUGCCGAUGGUGGGAAGAUUGGGUUGCAAGUUAAGUUUGCAUUGUUGGAUUAUCCUGAGAGGUUGUAGGUCUCCCAUGUAUAUAUAGUUCUGCGCAAAAUUUGAUGAUGGUCAGCGAUCUGUUUGUCCAAUUUAUUCAUUUUUGCAGGGUUCUGCAAUUUUUGAUGGAGAAUAAGUUGUGACCUGAUAUCGACCUCAGUUUGUAAAAAUUUCAAAUUACAGAAUGAAAAGUGGAGGGAUUUUCGGGUUUGAA